AUGACCAUUGCAAAGGAAGCUGUCCUAGUCACAGGGCGCGCUCCUCGGAGACUCCUUGCCGCUCAUGUCGAUGCGAUUGCAGUCACAAGUCCAACUCAACUGUUUGGCUUGACCCCCAAUGGCACGCACGCUGCGGCCGGCUUUCGAGAAGUGAAUUUUGAGGCCUUGUGCCGUGCGGUGAACACCAUGGCAUGGUGGUUAAACAAGCAUCUUGGUAAAUCGAACAAUGAAACCAUUGCAUACCUAGGGUGCAACGAUAUCCGCUACAUUGUUCUCAUGCUGGCUUGCCACAAAACUAAUUACACUCUCUUUCUCCCUUCGACUCGUUUGGCAAACGAUGCAUACAACCAUGUCCUUCACGCAACCCAGACCACACGGUUGCUUUUUAGUCAGGAGAAGAAACAGCUGGUCUCGCGGUUGACCGGUCUCAGCAAGGCCAUUCCCUCCCUGGAAAUACCCAGUGUCGCUGAAUUGUUUAGUGACCGUGACCACACAGGUCACCUUCACUAUGAUUGGACCCCUUCUUUUGAGGAAAUGGAAAAUAGGGUUGCUUUUGCCAUCCACAGCUCGGGAACAACAGGUAUGCCCAAACCGGUAUACCUAACCCAUGGAUUCCUAGGCACUAUGGACUACGGCGCGUUUAUACCGCGUCCCGAAGGCCGCUCCUUGUCGUUUUUCAACGAUCUAGCCUCAACCGAUCCUGAUUCCAAGGACCUAGUUCUCUCCGUCACGCCAUAUUUCCAUCUCAUGGGUCUCGUCUCAUUCUUCGAAUCCAUAUUCCACAACCUUCCCUUCGUGGCCAGUCCUGACCAGCCAUUGUCGGUCAAUUUCUUGAUCGACAUUCUUCAUCACACGCGCCCGACCGUUACUAUUCUACCCCCCUCCAUCCUGGAAGACAUGAGUGAGUCGGAUGAAGCCCUAGCAUGCUUCAGCAAGCUUAAAUUUAUUUGUUAUGGCGGAGCACCUCUAGCCCCAGAAGUCGGGGCCAAACUGAACCAGUAUACCCAACUUAGAACCCCUAUCGGUUCCACUGAAAUGGGUGUUAUCAGCUCGCUGGUGCCACAGCACCACGACGAUUGGGGAUACUUUGAAUGGAACCCGGCCUAUCGUGUCGAGAUGCAAGACAUUGGGGAUGAGCUGUACGAACUGGUCAUUCCCCGAGUCGAGAACUCCCGCCUCAUGCAUGGGGUCUUCCACACGUAUCCCGACCUCAAGGAAUACCGGUCCAAGGAUCUGUAUGUGCGACACCCCCACAACCCGAACCUGUGGCGGUAUCAUGGACGAUUCGACGAUGUGAUAGUGCUCAGCAAUGGAGAGAAGCUGAAUCCCAUCUCGGCAGAGAAAGUCAUAGAGGGCCAUCCGUCUGUGCAUCGCGCGCUGGUCAUCGGCCAACGCCGGUUUCAGACCUGUUUGCUCAUUGAGCCUUCCUCAGAUCUGGCCACAGACGCCAUCGACGAGCCGAGCUUCAUCGCGACCAUCUGGCCCCUGGUCCAGGCCGCCAACCAGAUACUUCCGGAGUACGGACAAAUUAUGAAACAUAUGAUUCUACUCGCUUCUCCCACUAAACCAUUUCAACUGACUCCAAAGGGAACGACUCAGAGACACGCAGUCAACUUGGCCUACACAAGAGAGAUUGACGCGAUCUAUGCCGCACAGGAUGAACAGCAAGUCGAAGUGAAGUUACCAGCGGCAACAGACUACGAAAGCUUGCGUAACUACUUGCAAAGCAUUAUCUCAUCGCUCACUGGUCGCUCGCAGGACCUCAAGGACAGCGACGAUCUCUACACACUGGGCCUCGAUUCAAUGCGUGUGAUACAGCUCAGCAAGACUUUAGGAAGCUCAGUCAAAGCACGUAACGGAGAGUUGGAUAUCAAAAGACUCAAUGUUCAGGAGCUUUAUGCCCAUCCCACACUAGGAAAGCUCACCUAUCUGCUGCAGGAAGUGCUCCAAGAAAAGACGGCCUCCAUCCCAGUCAUGUCCCGUGCUGAGAAAAUCGCCGAGUUGGUUCACAAGUACACGGAUGACCUCCCGGUCCGUAUCCUGGGAGCCAGAGAUCUUCCUGAACGCUCGACAGUCAUCGUAACCGGCUCAACCGGUUCCCUUGGGACCUACCUUUUGUAUGGCUUGCUCUGCGAUGCGCAGGUCGCAAAGGUCUACUGUCUGAACCGGACAGAAGAUGCCGUCGAUCGCCAAUCGGCCGGUUUCGCACAAAAGGGCCUGGACACUGCUCUACUAGCUGAUAAAAGUAGGGUAGAGUUCCUCCAUACAUCCUUCGGGGAGAGACAUUUCGGUCUGAACGAGGCUGUGUACCGCAGACUGCUGGACUCGGUGGACAUGGUCAUCCACAACGCAUGGAAGGUCAAUUUCAAUCACCCAGUCUCAACUUUCGAAGAUCCCCACAUUCAAAGCGUUCGCGAGUUCAUCAACUUUAGUCUUGAAAGCCGCUACAACACACACAUUGCCUUUGUCUCCUCCAUCAGUACAGUAUCCGCCUGGAAGCCCUCUUCCGCAGGAGAAUCUUCGGUUCCGGAAGUGCCCAUGGAGACCGUGGAUUCGACUCUGGAGCAAGGCUAUGGUGAAUCCAAGUAUAUAGGCGAGAGGAUUUGUGUGGAGGCAUCCCGGAGAUCGAAGGUGCCCACUAGUGUCCUGCGGGUUGGACAGAUUGCGGGCCCGGAUAGUCAAUUAGGGUUAUGGAACCCACAUGAAUGGCUCCCUACUAUUGUGAAGACAUCUAUUUCCAUGCGCCAAGUCCCUGGGGAACUGGGAAGUUUUGUGGUGGAUUGGGUUGCCGUGGACACCCUUGCAAAAAUCACUAUCGAGAUCCUGCACCACCGUCGUCUCGAAGCAGCAAGGUCGGCUUCUGAACAUGCGGUUUUUCAUCUCACGAAUCCAUUCCAGGCACCCUGGGCCGAUCUCAUUCCGGCCAUCCAGAAACGGUAUCCAGUAGAAGUGGUGUCGUUUGUGGACUGGAUAAACGCACUAGGAUCUGUCCAGGAUUCCUCGUCGGAUGAUCUCGUUGACAAACCAGCUCUCAAGCUCUUGGACUUCUACCGCGCCAUCGCUGGUGGCAGUCAUCAGGGCCCGAUAUUGAGUGUCGAACGGUCUAAGGAAGUCAGUCCGACCAUGGCCUCUCUUGGACCGGUAUCGCUGAGUCAAAUGUCUAACUGGUUGAAUCAGUGGGGCUUUUGA